AUGAAGCUCAACAUCUCCUACCCGGCCAAUGGCACACAGAAGCUCAUCGAAAUCGAAGAUGAGCGCAAGCUCCGCGUCUUCAUGGACAGGAGAAUGGGCAACGAGGUCCCUGGCGACAGCGUUGGCGACGAGUUCAAGGGCUACAUCUUCAAAAUCACCGGCGGCAACGACAAGCAGGGCUUCCCGAUGAAGCAGGGUGUCAUGCACCCAACUCGUGUUCGACUCCUCCUCGCCGAUGGCCACAGCUGCUACCGCCCACGCCGCACUGGUGAGCGCAAGAGAAAGUCUGUUCGCGGAUGCAUUGUCGCCAUGGACUUGUCUGUCCUUGCCCUCUCCAUCGUGAAGCAGGGUGAGGCCGACAUUCCAGGUGUCACGGAUACUGUCCACCCCAAGCGUUUGGGUCCCAAGCGCGCGACCAAGAUCCGCCGCUUCUUCGGUCUCAGCAAGGAAGACGAUGUGAGUUCUCAUGUUCCCUAUGAGGCUCUACUCCUCUUCGCCAGCCCAGCCAUAAGUGCGGGUUGAGUCUGAGACCAAACACAUGCUCACGUUGUGUCAAUAGGUCCGCAAGUUCGUCAUCCGCCGUGAGGUUCAGCCCAAGAAGGAGGGCGCCAAGCCAUACACCAAGGCUCCUCGCAUCCAGCGCCUCGUCACUCCUCAGCGCCUCCAGCACAAGCGCCACCGCAUCGCUCUCAAGCGCCGCCAGGCCGAGAAGGUCAAGGACGCUGCCGUAAGUCAUUCCGCAAAAGAUCUUCCUAUGAGAGGCCACCGACUAACAAUCGCUCUAGAACGAGUACGCUCAGAUUCUGUCGAAGCGUGUUACAGAGGAGAAGGCCAAGCAGGCCGAGAUUAGGAAGCGCCGUGCUUCCAGCAUGCGCAAGGCUUAA